CUCCCCUUGCCGGAUACAGUGAUGUGGGUUUAGAAGCAACUAUUUCCAUGCUUGUGUUUAUCAAAUUUUAUCUGGGCCAGGUGUUGCCCGCGAACUUUGACCUCCCUGGAUUGACUAUGCUACCUAUAUUGUUAAGCACGUGGAAGAAGAUUCUACGUAUACUGGCCUCGCUGUUCGGUAUUCGCAGAGGCGAGUUGACAAUGGAAGGCGGUGUUGUAAGCGAGAGGGAUGUUAGGCAAAAGGCCUACAGCUGGUGCAGAGAUUCGUUGCAUGGUUCAUGGGCCAAAAUAACAGUGGAUGAAAUAAUCGUAAAACAUUUGAGUGGUGGUCUUACAAACUUCCUAUACUUGUGCUACCUUCCGGACAAUCUGGAUCCUGAGGCCGGGGAGCCGACAUGUGUCUUGCUACGUAUUUAUGGACACAUUGCCAAGAGUAGUAAGGAGUUUGUUGUCCACAACUCCGUUGUGUUCGCGCUCUUGUCAGAGAAAGGAAUGGGACCAAAAUUGUAUGGCAUAUAUCAUGAUGGACGGAUAGAAGAAUACAUUCCAACACGAGCCUUAUCAACAUCGGAAUUGUCGAUACCAUCGAUAUCUCGCCUUAUCGCCAGGAAGUUGGCACAGUUCCAUCAACUGGACAUGCCGCUGUGCAAAGAACCACGCUGGCUCAAGAACAUCGUGGAAGGAUGGCUGGCAGAAAUCAAGAAUAAUUUUUCCAAACAUACAGAAACCAAUCCAAAAAUGAGGAAACUUAUGGCAUUCAAUUUAGAGCAGGAGUUUAAAGAAUUAUUGCUAAUCUUGUCAAGGGUACGCUCUCCAGUCGUCUUUUGUCAUAAUGAUCUACAAGAAGGAAACAUCUUGUACCUGAAGGACGAACCAAACCCCGCCCGACAAAUGACUGUCAUUGACUGGGAGUACUGCAGCUACAACUUCAGGGGCUUUGAUAUUGGGAACCACUUUAUAGAGUCCUGUUAUGAUUACACCAACCCUGAGGAGCCCAUGUUCUACCACAUUCCAGAGCAGUAUCCUUCAAGGACACAACAGUACGCUUUUUUCCGAGAGUACCUGAAAAGUUUUGGACGUGAGGAAGAAGACAUAUCGGAGACAGAGUUGGCAAUGAUGUACAUAGAAGUAAACACCUAUGUUCUCGGGUCCCACUUCCUGUGGGGGACGUGGGCCAUUAUGCAAGCAGAGACCUGCAAAAUAGAGUUUGAUUAUUUGGACUUGGCCAUAUCACGGUUCGAAUCCUACUUCGAGAUGAAGAAACGCCUGCCAACGCUCGGUAGUGAAGACUGACUCACAAGAUGCCAGUGUUGCUGCAGCCUGGUUCCCGGAGUCUACUGCGCUAACGCAGACUGGGAAGCAUGCUGGUGUUGCUGUGAUUGUACGAUGGUCAGCCAAACCACCAAUAGUGAGUGAGUGAGUGAGUGAGUUGGAUUGUACGCCGCUUUUAGCACUAUUCCAGCAAUAUCACGGCA